AUGGAAACCAUCAUAGACCCUUUCAGCCAGAUCCUAUGGCAAGCUCCCUCGACACUGCCGGCGAGCAGUGUACACCUCCAGCUUGUGGAGGAGCAAGUCAAAGAGCAGCUUAACCGGAACGAAAACAGAUUUCCAACCUUCCUAGCCCAUGUCUCAUCCUUGGAAAAGAAGGGACGAAACACAGAAACUGUUUUCAUCGAUGAGUAUAUCCAGGGCUUCACUGAGCGAUCGUUCAUCGAUCGCGGGGCAACCUUUUCAGUGGAACGAGCCAUCGCAAUCCCAAACCCUCAGACAAGCAGCUCCGCUCCCGCAGUCAUCCGUCAAAAGCGCGUCGUGGCUUUGAAAACAGUUCGGAUCCAUUCUCAAUCUGAUGAUCUACCCAAAGCAGGCUGGGAUCACGUAUUGCUCGAAAUUCGCGCUCUUCUCCACGAGACCCUUCGCUAUCAUCCUAACAUCGUGCGCCUCGUCGGCUUGUGCUGGGGACCCAACGGAGCAUCCGGAAGCGUUUAUCCUCAACUAGUCAUCGAGCAUGCAGAGCAUGGAACAUUAGAGAAUCUUCAGAGUAACUCGAAGUCGCCACUUUCGUUCGCUGUUAAGCAGAAAUUGCUGUAUGAUGCGGGGAAAGGCCUCUCGAUUAUUCACGCAUGCAGCAUUAUCCACGGGGACAUCAAGCGUCAGAAUGUACUGAUAUUCGCAGACAAAUCUAGCAAUGGGGCUUAUAUAGCGAAACUGGCUGACUUUGGAGGCGCUGUCUAUGGUUCUGAAAAGUAUGACUCUUAUCGCUUCAUCUGCAAGACACCGAGAUACGCGGCUCCGGAAACCGACGGCAUAGUGACAGCGGAGGCUGCGAAGCUAUGCGAUGUCUACUCUUUUGGGUUACUUGUUUGUGAAACCUUUGCAGAUGGCGAUUUGGCCAAUCUACAUUAUGAGUUUAGUCCUCGGCGGGAGGCGUCGGGUUCAUCGGUGACGCUGGCACAAUUGAAGCGGUCGGGACGGCUUCUGCACAGGGCGACAUCUAUGAUUCAGGAUUACUUUGAUAUGCGUGAGAUGAACCAAGAUUGUACGGAGAUGGUUUUAUAUGUUCUCGAACAGACGAUACAGAAGAGCCUCGGAGACAGGUCUUUGGCAAGGGCACAGGCUGCUCUGAGGGGCGUUCCGCUUACCGAGAUCGACGAUUACCUCAGUAAUGUCGACCAAAUGAAUCGCAAGUGGAAGGAAGUUGAAGAUAACGAACCUCCAGGAAAACAUGGAAUUAGUGCAGAUGGUGCUGGACUAUUCUUAGGCACAGUUGGGGCUACUUAUGAUCCCCAGAACAACACUCCCGGCUUUCGGCCCAUAGUCAAGGCCCCAAUAAACCCAGGUUUCGUCUUCGAGCCCGAGAAACUGAAGAACAUCCUGUCAUGGCAACAGCAGGAACAUAUUCUCGAAGCGCUUCAAGCUAUUUCCGAAUCUGGUGAUCAUAGCCGUGACGUGGAGCUUCAUAAGCUCUUUGCAGCUUGGUUCCUCUUCAGAUGCCACAUUGCUGAGUUUGGCACAUCCCUCGACCCUGGAAAGGCGUGCACAGCGCUUCGGAGAGCGGCGAGCGACGCAGUGACCGGAUCUGAUGACUCAAGCGGGUUCGAGUAUCUCGCUGCAUCGUGUGUAUGGCGCGUGAGCCAGGCCCUGAGACAAACACCACCUGAGCUGUUAGCCGUGUUUCCGUCCAGUCUACAGUGGGCUACUCUUCGUGGAGGAUGGCAGGCUGGUCAAGAUCUCGAAGACGCCUUGCCCCUGUUGAGUGAUGAGCAGAGACAGAACGCAACUGAAACAUAUCAGAACGCAAGGAGGCUUGCCAAUUACUUCAGUGGUGUUCCCGGUUCGCUGGCAUUCUUGCCUCGACAUUUAAGGAAGGAAUUUGAAGUCGACAAUGUGCAGAAACUUCAGGAGGAACUCAAAGAGGAGCUUGGGGAGCUCUACGAGCAGUCACUGAAGAGGUCACAGACAACAAGUCAAGAUACUCAGCAAGUGACUCCCUUUGACAAGAUCUUUGUCAACAGCCGUGGACAUGGAGUUCUGCACAUGGCAGCAGCCCGUGGACAAGCCAAUACAAUUGAACAUCUCAUCAACACGUUCAGACUAAACAUUGAUCUCCCAAACCAAGACUGCGAAGAAACACCGUUAGUCUGUGCUUGUCGAAAUGCUCAUUUGGAGGCUUCUCUAGCUCUACUUCGACACGGCGCCAAUCCAAAAGGACAUCCUUUGGGUCAAGAUACCCCUCUCCACUGGCUCUGGAGAUUUGAGAAAGACGAGAUGAUGCCAAUGGCGAGAGGCCUGCUCAACGCUGGAGGCCUGAUCGAUGCUGCAUCGGGUGGUAUGAGAGCUGAAGUCCUUAAAGCGCACGCCGACUGGGAGGGAACUAUGUCUAUCCAGACGACACCUCUCGGGAGAUGUGUUCUCUUCCAGAAUAUCCAUGCCGCUCAAGUCCUCAUCGCACUUGGAGCUGACCCCCUGAUCCAAGUUGACGGAAAGUCACCUAUCCAGCUUGCCGCCAUGCUAGCACUGCCGAAUUUCCUUCGACUGUUCUUGUAUCAAGAUCAUGAUGAAUCCAAAAUCUCAGGAUUGUUUAAUGGAUUUGACGAUCUUACUCUUCUGAAGGCGACUCAAGAGCAAAAGGCUGGCAACAGAGAUACGUUUUCUUUGCUUAGCCGACUCAUCAGAAACGGCCCGAGAUAUCGCUCUGAUGUCGAGGAAACUCUCUCCAUUUUCAAGGAGCAGAGAGAACUACUGGGCACCGCUUCUUCUAAUGGAUCGUCAGGGGAAGCCUUGUGCAUGCAGAUUCGACUUGGGAAUCGUGACAUCGUGGAAGCGUUACUAAAAUUGGGCCACAAUCCAAAUGGCUCGCCUGAUCAUCGACCCAUGCGCGAAGCGAUCAUACUUAACGAUGACAAAGUAUUCCGACUGUUGAGAGAUUACGGCUGUGAGAUCGAAAGUUACCCUGAAUGGCCACGGACUCUACUUCAUGACCUGGCUGCGAGACCGGCUUCAUCUCCACCUGGAAUUGUCAUAGCGGAAGAGCUCAUAGCGUCCGGAGUUUCAAUUACGGAUCAUCCGGCAGGAACUCGACCGCCUAUUGUUGAAGCCAUCUUACAUGGAUACCUCGACCUAGCAAAUCUCCUCAUCCAGCAUGGAGCGCGAAUUAGCAGCCCUUAUCAAUUGGGACCCGACCUUCCGAAGAUUUCCAUCUUCAAGGAGCUACUUGAGCAAAGAACAGAGACAUCACUGUCCAUCCUCCGAUCUCUGCUAACAUCAAGCGACACAACAGCUGAUCAAGUGUCUAUUCUACGUCACAAUGAGCAGUUUGACUUUAUCGUGGAUCACAUCGAUGAUCCUGCCGAACAACAAAGCGCAUGGACUAUCCUUGCUACCUCACCACCAGCUCGUAAGAACGUCGUCGAAGCAGAGAUCUACAUGGCGCAAGUGCAAUGCAUGCUCUCAGAAAACUCGCCCUUUGCGACCAAAGAAUGCAUAAACUUUGAUCAUCCAAAGUUUGGCACCGCUUUAUGCCGCGCCGCUUUGUUCCAGAAUCAUUUCCUUGUCGGAAAGCUUCUCCGUAGCGGCGCUGAUCCUAAUAUCAGAUUCCGUCAAAACUUUGGCCCUGCGCAGCGAUAUUUUGGCGAUGGAUCGCCGAUUAAUCUCGCGCUGGGCUGCUAUGAAGUAGCUAUUGAAGGUUGGAGCGAGACGGUGCCGGAUUCUAUGCUGGAGGAUAUGCGAAGUGUGAUAAAUGAAUUGGAGUCUAUUCCGGACUAUCCGGAGGAAGCACUUGCUCGAGGAGAGGCACUGAGGAAGCGGCAUGAGGAUAUCUUACAGCUGCGAGAUGAUGGAUGGGCUAUGCAAGCGCAGAUGGCUAAUAUGAGCCUUGAACAAGGACCGGUUGAUCUAUCGAACAUGAGCGCGGUACAAGCACCAGAACUGGAAGAGAGCCAGCGGGAGAUGUUUCAAGCUACAGAGACAAUUAUUCGCUGGAUUUUCAACUCACAGCGCUACGGAACAAUUGGACGAGCAGAAAUGAGCAGGAUAGCAGAAGGCGAGAAUGCAUAG